UGAUCUGCCUGCCUCGGCCUCCCAAAGUACUGGGAUUACAGGUGUAAGCUACUGCACCUAAACACACUGUUGAGUGAUAAAUAAUUCUGUCUUUGUCAAUCUAUUUCAACAAGGAAGGCCUUUGAGGGGUCUGCUGCUGGACUAAACUCAGCUAGCAAUUGAGGGAUUUCUAUUGAGGAUGCUUAGCCCUACAUCUUCCCUGAUAAGAGAGAGGGAAAGCCAAGUGGUGAGGGGUCCAGGCUCUGGACUCAAACAUCCUCGCUCAGCCGCUUACUAGCUAUGUGUAACCUUUGGUAAGUUAUUUAACCCUUCAUGGCUUUGUUUACCUGUAAAAGGCAGACAGUCCCUAACAGGCUCUUGUGGGUAAUGGGCUUAGCGCUGUGAAACAGCUGCUUUGUGGGGUUCCAGGUUCACACAGGUUUGACAAUUGAAUUAUGAACGAUAAAGGAGAAAGACUUGUCAGCCUCUAUAUGGGGUGGUAUUUCUGCCUGGGGGAGGGGAUGCGGUGGUAGUGCAAAUAUUAGGGUAUUCAUAUAUUUCCUCCCGAGUCAAACGCUGCCAGGCACGUUCCUUUUGCCCCUCCCACCCUUCAUUCUGGAUUAAUUCCAGGUUUAAUUCCAAAUAUUAGAAUGUGGUUGAAAAAAAUCAAAUAGAGCGGCCACAAAUUGUGGAAGCGUCUCUUAGCUUGCGGCGGUGGCUGCAGCGCCCGUAGCUCCCCGCCCCGCCCCGCCCCGCCCCGCUGAUUGGCCCGCGCCUCGUGACGUCACACGCGGGUUUUUAAGGCUGAGCCCUAGGCAGGCUCCGCAGAGGCGGCGGUGGAGGCGCGCUGGGUGGCUGCGGGGGUCUCGCGGGGCGGAUGUGGUGUUUGGCCGGGAAAGGCGCGAGGAGAGCGCGGCUCACAAGAGGAGUGCUCCCUGGAACCUGCAAUUUCAAGGCCUCCUCCCUGCCUCUACUAGGCGCCUUAGUUCACUAUGGGGAACCACUUGACUGAGAUGGCACCCACCGCCUCCUCCUUCUUGCCCCACUUCCAAGCCCUGCAUGUCGUGGUCAUUGGGCUGGACUCUGCUGGAAAGACCUCCCUCCUUUACCGCCUCAAGUUCAAGGAGUUUGUCCAGAGUGUCCCCACCAAAGGCUUCAACACCGAGAAGAUCCGGGUGCCCCUCGGGGGGUCGCGUGGCAUCACCUUCCAAGUGUGGGACGUCGGGGGGCAGGAGAAGCUGAGGCCGCUCUGGCGCUCCUACACCCGCCGGACAGACGGGCUGGUGUUUGUGGUGGACGCUGCGGAGGCCGAACGGCUGGAGGAGGCCAAGGUGGAGUUGCACCGAAUCAGCCGGGCCUCGGACAACCAGGGUGUGCCGGUGCUGGUGCUGGCCAACAAGCAGGACCAGCCCGGGGCACUAAGCGCUGCCGAGGUGGAGAAGAGGCUGGCAGUCCGAGAGCUAGCAGCCGCCACUCUCACCCAUGUGCAAGGCUGCAGUGCUGUGGACGGUCUGGGCCUGCAGCAGGGCCUGGAGCGCCUCUACGAGAUGAUCCUCAAGAGGAAGAAGGCCGCUCGGGGCAGCAAGAAGAGACGGUGACCCGAGCCCUCUACCUCCCUUGCCCCCCACCUAGUAGGGAUCUGCACACUUGGACAGGGUGUGUGUGGCCAGCCUGUGACCUCUCAGUCAGCCUGGGUGCAGGACCUGUCCACCUCUAUAAAGGAUAGAGGAGCAUGGGGGGGGGUGUGGGGGUCCUGUUUGGUGCCACAUUGGGGUGGGGAUGGGAGAUGGGAUGGCCUUGCACAUCUCUCCCUCAUCCUCUCUGGAGAAGUGGGGGCUGCAGGAACGGGGAGGUGUAAAUGUAAACUGUGACUCUACCUCGACCCUGUUCCUCGUUUUUCUUCUCUGGCUUUUUAAUUGGAUGUGUUUUUGGGGGGGAUGGAAAGUGGCUUGGAGAAUGUGUUUGGGAUGAAAGAAUGGUCUCCUCAUCCUCUGUCCCCCCAACUGGGGAGUCUCCCCAGGCUGCUCUUCUAGGGAUACCAGUCACAUAGUUUUUAUUUUUGUGUCUGUGAAAGUGCCAAGAACCCCUCCCCGACAUUUGUAGAUCCAUGACCCUUUUUAUAAGCCGCGUGUGUCCUCUGUAUUAACUGUUUUUUAGCACUUGCCUGUAAGUUAUUAAAGACUGCUAACUCUGUAACUCUUA